AGAAGCAGCUGAGCGGUUCAGUCGUGUAGUCCCGUCCUCGGGGAUUACGAGCUCCGCUUCCUUGACCAAAUUAAAAGUGUUUGCUUUGCUAAUAUAUAUCUAUAUAGAUACACAUAUAUAUGAACAGAUAUACAAGUUGUUUUUUUUUCUUAAACUUUUUAAAUUUUACUCUCAUCGUUUCCCAGAUUUGUCACUCGAAGUUUUUUUUUUGUGUAAAAUUGGAAACGUCGUGUGUUUUUAACUGACAGACGGAAAAAACAUAUUAUAGAGAGUUGGAAGGAGAGAAGUAAGAGAACAAGUUUAAAGAAAUUUAAGAUAAAAGUUAACUACGGAAAGAAGAAAUAAAAAAACAGACAGAGAUAGAGGAAAAGAAAGAGAGAGAGAGCAGAAGAAAGCGCGCGACGCGACCCGUUUCAAGGGGCACACAUGGCAAUCGAUAGUGGAGCAAAUCGUCGUUGCUCGCAGCGCCCAUGAAACAAGUGGUAAAGCACGUUUCGCAAGCUCCGUCGACUAGAGCGUUGAUAGUUUACUCGUGACGAAAUAAUGUUGGGCUUACGAGUGUGUGACGUGUUGUUGAGUACGAUUCAAAAGAAGAAACCAACGAGUAUUUCUUAAAAAGAUUAUGAGGUGGCUCAGAGCCACACUGUUGACGGUGGCGGAGAGGUGCUGCGCCGACGGAUGAGAGCCAGGUGCUGAUCAGGCUGACCGCUAGUCGAUCCGUGUGGUUACCCUGAGCCGCAAUAAUAAUAAAAACAAAAUAAAACGUUCAUCUGAUGCUGAACGAUCGGAGAUACGAAGAAGACGCGGGAGUGGAUGCGGAUCGAAAUGGCAAUGGCUAUCUCCCAUACCACCACAUGUCGGGAAUCGAGGGAUUUAACUUUGACAGUGACAGAACUCUUACCUCUUCGAUGGCAGCCUCUGGACCAGGAUCUACGGGAACGGGACCAGGGACAGGAACAGGGACAGGGACGACAGGAGGGACUGGAAUCGGUACAGGUGUCGGUUGGAGUAAAGAAGUACGUUAUGCACCAUUCACGAGUGUCAACUCGGCUGUACCAUCGGCAUUACCACCGGCACCGGCACCGCCACCGCCGCCACCACCACUUCCUCUUCCUCUUCAGAUGCAGCAACGGACUUACUCCCGAUCCAUGACCUCACUGCCCCCAGAGCCUUUUAUGAUCAUGAGAUCAAAGGCUUUGAACAGGCGUGUCUCGAUAAACGUCGGUGGCGUUAAACACGAAGUAUUAUGGCGUACUUUGGAGAGGUUACCGCACACAAGACUUGGACGUCUUCGAGACUGUAAUACCCAUGAGGCAAUUACUGAAUUAUGCGACGACUACUCACUUGUUGAUAAUGAAUAUUUUUUUGAUCGUCAUCCGAAAUCAUUCAGCUCAAUAUUAAAUUUUUAUCGUACCGGUAAACUCCAUCUCGUUGAUGAGAUGUGUGUAUUGGCGUUUAGCGACGAUCUUGAAUAUUGGGGUGUCGAUGAAUUAUAUUUAGAGAGUUGUUGUCAGCACAAAUACCAUCAGAGAAAAGAACAUGUUCACGAGGAGAUGAGGAAGGAGGCUGAGUCGUUGCGGCAAAGGGAGGAGGAGGAAUUCGGGGACGGCAAAUGUGCGCAAUACCAAAAGUGGCUGUGGGACUUGCUCGAGAAACCGACCACGUCCAUCGCUGCCAGGGUGAUAGCUGUGAUAUCAAUUCUGUUUAUUGUGCUAUCGACGAUUGCACUGACACUCAACACCAUUCCUAGUAUGCAAGUAAACGAUGAGAAGGGUAACUUUCAAGAUAAUCCACAACUAGCGAUGGUCGAAGCAGUAUGCAUUACGUGGUUCACGCUAGAAUACGUGCUUAGAUUUAGUGCAUCGCCAGACAAAUGGAAAUUCUUCAAAGGCGGUUUGAAUGUAAUAGACUUACUAGCAAUAUUACCGUACUUUGUGUCGCUGUUUCUCGUUGAAACAAAUAAAAAUGCAAAUGAUCAGUUCCAAGAUGUUAGACGUGUUGUACAGAUAUUUCGUAUAAUGCGUAUUUUGAGAAUAUUAAAACUAGCACGUCAUUCAACGGGGUUACAAAGUCUUGGUUUUACUUUGCGAAAUUCGUACAAAGAACUCGGGCUACUUAUGCUCUUUCUCGCAAUGGGUGUACUCAUAUUCUCGAGCCUUGCAUACUUCGCGGAGAAAGAAGAGCCCGGGACCAAAUUUAUAAGCAUUCCGGAGACGUUUUGGUGGGCUGGAAUCACCAUGACGACCGUAGGUUACGGAGACAUUUAUCCUACGACUCCUCUUGGCAAAGUGAUUGGCAGUGUAUGUUGUAUAUGUGGUGUCCUGGUAAUUGCGUUGCCUAUUCCCAUUAUUGUCAAUAAUUUUGCUGAGUUUUAUAAAAAUCAGAUGAGACGUGAAAAAGCGUUAAAACGUCGUGAGGCAUUGGAACGUGCCAAGCGUGAAGGCAGUAUUGUAUCAUUCCAUCAUAUCAAUUUGAGGGAUGCGUUCGCCAAGAGUAUGGAUCUCAUUGACGUCAUCGUCGACACUGGUCACAAUAUGUCAGGUGCAGACGGUAACAGCGAAGACGGCGAAUCGACGUGCGAACGUGGACCAGCACAGACAGGAGCCGGUUGCUAUCGUAAUUACGAGCACUCCAGUAAUAUAUCACGACAUCGCAGAAGUGCCUCUUCAUCAUUCCCACAAGUUACUAAUGAUAUGCCUACUACCCCAGACAGUCCUAAUCGUCGACUUCUUGACUUUGCGCAAAAUAUACCGGCCUCUCAGAACGACGAUUACUACCACGACGAAAUGCUCGCUCAACACUCGAAUCAAGGCAAUACUACACCUAGCGAUGAAGAUAAAAAAGACAGCAGAAAAUCCGAGAAAUUUGAUGAAUUCCCUAGUGAAUUUGAAUGUUGCUUUUGUACUACAAAGGAAUACAAAGAUUACAGAGACGCUGAAGAUAUAAUGCCACUUGCGACAAGUGAUUUUCGUAAUCCUGUAUGCCAAGAAAUGCGUUCGCUGAGAGAAAGUAGUGUUGAUACGAGUGCAUUGGGUGAUUUAUUCUCAUACUCAUAUUCAUCACCGCUGAGACAAAUAACAGCAAUUGCUGCGUCAUCAGCAUCAGCACCAGUAGCAGCUAUUGUUGCACCAGCAUCCGAGCCAGUGAGCACUCCGGCGACGGCUUAUCCGUCAAAAUCAUCGUACAAUGAACGUGGUAGCGUUGAUAGUUCUGAGACCUACGCAACUUGUCAAACUCAUCCAUUUAACUCCCAAGAAUUGCUUGGUGAUGGUGAUGGAUCCAACGAAGCUGACAGUAAUCUAUACAUAAAUCCACUGGAAGGUGCGGCUGACAACAAGUGUCGUGAAAUAACUGCCGACAAAUCGCCUAUCGUAGAUCACCAGUCCACACUAUUUUCGCCGACAUCUACUAAUACGAAUGCUAGUGAAUUUUCAAAGAGCGUUCAAGUUCAACAUGACUCCAUUAAGGCCAGUGUCAACACCGAUACUUUGCCAAAACAUCGAAAAACUCGUGUCGCUAAGAGUGCAUCAGGACGUAGACCAAUAAUAAGUGAUCAAGAUAGUAAAAGUAACACAACGAAAUCACCGGAUGGCCUGGAAGACAACAAUAAUUCUUAUGUAGGACUUCGUGGUGGUCGCGCUACUGUGCCUGGCAAUACAUCAAACACAUCACUGACGAGUCUCGCGUCUGCAUCACGACUGAUAAGCCAACAACUAGUCGGGAAUACAACCGGUAGUACUAAGCAAUAUGGCACAACAGGUGGAAACAAACUGUCUCUAUCAGUCGAUUCAAUAGACAGUGAAUCAAUGAUGUCGUAUGUAACAAAUCGGCAUCAUCGCGCCAAAUCUAUACUUAAAAAAUCCGAAAGUACACGAAACGCAUAUUACAACAACGGAAAUGAAUUGGACGGUGACACUGAAAAAUUAAUAAUGGAUAAUGCGAGUCCAAAUAUGAAUACAGUUCGGAUACGUCAGACGCCUUCGUUUUUUUCCAGCCAAGUUCUGGGUUCAUUAUUACGUACAAAUAACAAUAAUAAUAACAACAACAACAACAACAAAAAUUCAGCUAAAUUAUUUAGUCCUUCGUCAGGUGAACGUACCACAAAACGUAGUCAAUUAAAAUCAAUCAUGUCUAUUGAUAAUAAUAGAAAUAAAAGUAAAGAGCAGACGACGACAAUCGAUGUGAAUAAUGAAGAUUUAAAUUCACGCGCCACACAAACAAUUAAUGACAAUCAAUCAGUACAACAACAACAACAACAACAACAACAACAACAUCAACAACAACAAAUUACACGUCCAUUAAAAAUUCCAAAAAAAUCAAGACGUAAUGUCAUUAAUGAGAGGAAAAAAGCAUCGAGUGCUGGUGAAAGUUCAACUGACAGCAGCUCGCAUCGUCUUCCUCACGAUUCGCAUCGACGUCUCUCAUAAAAUUUUAUCUAAAAUUUUAAUUAAUUAAUUAUUAUUUAAACAAAUAAUUAAUUAAUCAA